AUGUCCGGCGUCAACGUCACCAAGAUGGAGCUCACCCUCUAUCUCAAGUUUACGCAACACCCCGCGCUCGCGACCGAGCUGCUCGCGACCGGUACUCGGGAGCUUGUCGAGACCUCGCCGAAUAACGGGUUCUGGGGCAUCGGUACGGACGGGCAGGGCCGGAAUGAGCUGGGCAAGGCGCUCAUGCGUGUGCGCUCCCGAUUGAGGGAAGAGCGUAGUCGUAAUACGCAGACCCAGUGCGCGACGUGCCGCGUCCGGUUGCAGACGUCGAAGUCUGGCUACUGCGCCUCCUGCGAGAGGAUCGAGCUUUGCCAGACCUGCCACAUCGCUCCUCAGAAGGACGGCAAACCCUACUGUUCCUCUCAGUGUGCGAAGAGGGUUCUCUGCAGCUUCUGCCACUCUCGUCCUCAACGCAUGAGCAACGCGCCGUACUGUUCACGGGAAUGCGCGACUCGCGUCCUCUGUCGUCAGUGCGGGAAGCAACCCCGAGUCGCCGGUCGCAAGUACUGCUCUCGCGAGUGCGAGCGCGCUCGGCGGAACACAACGGCGUAG